AUGCUGGUGCACGCUUACUCCGCCAUGGAGCGCCCCGACGGGCUGGGCGCCGCGGCCGGCGGGGCCCGCCUGUCGUCCCUGCCCCAGGCGGCCUAUGGGCCGGCAGCACCUCUCUGCCACACGCCGGCCGCCGCUGCCGCCGCCGCCGACUUCCAGCCCCCCUACUUCCCGCCGCCCUACCCGCAGCCGCCACUGCCCUAUGGCCAGGCGCCCGACGCCGCUGCCGCCUUUCCCCACCUGGCUGGGGACCCAUACGGGGGCCUGGCGCCCUUGGCGCAGCCGCAGCCUCCGCAGGCCGCGUGGGCCGCGCCCCGCGCCGCCGCCCGCACCCACGACGAGCCGCCCAGUCUGCUGGCACCGCCCGCCCGCGCCCUGGGCCUUGACCCGCGCCGUGACUACGCCGCCGCGGUGCCCCGGCUCCUGCACGGCCUGGCCGACGGCGCGCACGGCCUGGCGGACGGACCCCUCGGCCUUCCCGGGCUGGCGGCGCCGCCCGGCCUGGAGGACCUGCAGGCCAUGGAUGAGCCGGGAAUGAGCCUCUUGGACCAGUCCGUGAUCAAGAAAGUGCCCGUCCCCUCUAAAGGCAGCAGCCUCUCAGCCCUGGUGGUGGCUAAAGACAGCCUGGUUGGUGGCAUCACGAACCCCGGUGAGGUCUUCUGCUCCGUGCCCGGCCGGCUCUCGCUACUCAGCUCAACGUCCAAGUACAAGGUGACGGUGGGGGAGGUGCAGCGGCGACUCUCGCCUCCAGAGUGCCUCAACGCCUCCCUCCUGGGGGGCGUCCUCCGCAGGGCCAAGUCCAAAAAUGGAGGCCGGUGCUUGCGGGAACGGCUGGAGAAGAUCGGGCUCAACUUGCCAGCUGGCCGACGCAAGGCUGCCAAUGUGACGCUGCUGACUUCACUGGUGGAGGGCGAGGCCGUGCACUUGGCCCGAGACUUCGGCUAUGUCUGUGAGACGGAGUUCCCAGCCAAAGCGGCCGCCGAGUACCUGUGCCGACAGCAUGCAGACCCUGGGGAACUGCACAGCCGCAAGAGCAUGCUGCUGGCCGCCAAGCAGAUCUGCAAGGAAUUUGCGGACUUGAUGGCUCAGGACCGCUCGCCACUGGGCAACAGCCGCCCAGCACUCAUUCUGGAGCCUGGAGUGCAGAGUUGCCUGACGCACUUUAGCCUCAUCACCCAUGGUUUUGGCGGGCCUGCCAUCUGUGCCGCCCUCACUGCCUUCCAGAACUACCUGCUGGAGUCACUCAAAGGGCUGGACAAGAUGUUUCUAAGCAGUGCAGGCAGUGGGCAUGGCGACACCAAGGCUUCAGAGAAGGAUGCCAAGCAUCGGAAAUAACCACUUCUCCAGCUCCAGCCCAAGGGGGCUCCCAAGGCCUAAAAUGAGGCCUUAGCUCCUGGGGGUGGGCCUGAAAGGACUGAAAGGUGGGAUUAGAGUGAGGCCAGAAAAAGAACAUUCAUCCAGAAACCCUAGAAUUAGGGAUCUGGGUUGGUAAGGGAGGGUGAUCUCUCUGUGGUGGUUUGUUGGUAAGUUAAGGGCCCAUGUAUCUGUCUCACAUGUGCAAUUUUCUGACCUUUGAUUGCUGGGAAGGGCUUGGGUAGAAAAUUGGCAUGGAAAAGUCUGGCUCAUGGGGUGAGAGCAGAGCUCUUCUCAUUAGAGUGCCUAGGCAGCAGUGGGCACUCCUAGUUGUUAAUAAAUCACAGGUGCUACUGAGGAGUCGGUGCCCCUCAUCCCAGAAUCUCUUACCCCUAGAAUAGGGGUGCUGGCAGGAAGCCCCAGUGGGCUGUAUGGACCAUUCCCACACUCUUAGAGAGAAGUGGGCAGGAGGGGCGCUCAAGGAACAAAGAUUAAAGCACAAACUGCAGAACUUGAAUCCAGGCUGCACUUCACAGUCCUGUUGCUGUCUGUCCUAUUUAUUUAUCUUGUACUUAAAUUUGAACGUUUAAAAAUGUCCAGUGCAAUUUAUUUAUCCCAAUGAGUUGGGGAUUCAUUUCACUGUUUUCAUGCACUUGCUCAUGCACCAAGAUGUCCAGCUGGACUAGGAUGGAGAGGGUGAUUUUGCUCGCAAAGGGCUGUGGGUGGGCUGGGAGGGAAGAAAGCUGUGUCAGGAACGCUGAGGUUGUUGCUGGGAUUUUUGUAUUUGCAAUUGUCUCUCUUGGCCCUGCAAUUGAUGUACCUCCCCACCUCGUCAUCACUUAUUCUUCUAAUAAAGCCUUCCAAUGGAUAUGAAGCCUUCCCUGUUCUUGAGCCCUGGUCUGGAUUUGCCUCCUAUGAGGGCAAGGUCACCAGGAAGAGGAAGGGCCUGGAAAUUAGGAGUGGGGAUUGGGUGGGCAGGGGUCUCUAAGGGGGGACCAUGGAAGGGAGGUGUGGGCACCUCUGUGGGUGGGGGGUACUGAGGUUGGUGGGUCCAUCUGGAUUGUCAGUGUGGCUGUUUGUGUGUGUCAAGUGACUACUGUAUGUGCAUUAUUAUGACUUGGUGGGC